CCCUUGAAAAUGACCAGGAAGCAAUGCUGAUGGGUCAUUACAUUGACCAUGUUGCUCUUUUCGUAAGCAAUACUCCUGCAUCACUUUUGCAUUGAAAGUUACAUAUGCUAUGACUUAAUAGAAGACUAGUUUGAUAUGUGCGAUGCACUGAAGCACUUUACGUUCGAAGUACCCCAACGGGCUAGAAGUAACAUUACACUCUUCAACGCCAUAAUGGCUUUAUCAGCUCGUCACUUAAGUCGCACGUCCUCAUUCAACACUUUCGUAGCGGACCGGUACUACCAAACCUGCCUCCAGACACUCAUACCUGCCCUAAAUGACAGCGUUGCAAUUAAUGACGAAUCACUUCUUGCAGCUACUAUCAUCCUCCGACUUCUUGAGGAACUCAAUAUCCCAAUAACUGGUGAUGACCCUCGGAGUCAUUUGUUUGGCACCCAUGCUAUCCUCCGAGCAGUCCAACGGCGAUAUGAUCUUAAUCCAGUCGACACAAGCUUCAGGCAAGCAAUUUAUUGGGCCGCAUUCCGGCAAGAGCUUUGGAUAUCCUUGAUGACCCAGAGACCUUUUCAGCUGCAUAUAUUCGAAGCAGAUAGAUCCAUAGAACCUGCCAAUGACUCCACGUGGGCUGACCGAACGAUUGCCCACGUUGGCGAUGUUAUACACUUCGCAUUUGGUGAAGGAAAGCACUCCAUAUCACGAUUCAACCGGCUUAUGGAAGAGAAUGAGUCAUGGCGAAAGCGGAGGCCCGACUCAUUUGUCGAGUUCUUCUAUCGGCGAGAUCGAGAUGGUAGUGGUCGUAAUUUUCCUGAUAUUCGUUGCCACGCCGAUGCACACGUUAUGGGGCGACAGUACAACAUCCUAGCUCGUGUCCUUCUCGUAGUCCAUAAUCCAACCAUCCCACAACUCGGACCAGCGCACAAGAAGGCCAAGAUGGAAGUAGAUAUCCAAGUUCAGGAGGACGUCCGCACUCUUGUCGGGGUUGCCCUUUCCAACGAAAGAGCUUUCCCCGCUAGUUUGGUUGCAUGCUUUGCGAUAGCUCUCGUUGGAGAUCGGUUCACAAAUCGUCAAGAUCAGUCACAGCUUCGUGAAAUGCUCAUCAAAACCGAAACGCGACAUGGGUGGCCUACCAAGGCGGCUAGGUCGCAGCUAGAGGAAGUUUGGGAGUGGAACGGCCAUUGAAGUGGCUGGCGUGCGCUUUCACCAUAUCUUUUCCAGAACUUGCAGCGACACAUGUCCAAGGUACGCCACGACGAGCUUGCUUCAAGCUUAGCCCUAUGGCAGAUCAUGGCCUCGCAGAGAAUACAAAGGCGUCGAAGAUGUCGAUUGCCUAUCCGCGAUAUUGGAAUCCGGAACGAGUCUGUUGACCAGGUAGGAGCUCUUUCUCCCAAGCACCACCUGCGUG